CAGGGGGCGCACUCCCCGGCUCGGUUGACUGUUUUGUCCAGGCAGUAUGGCGCUAUUCAGGAGAAAGACAUUUGCUCUUGGAUGCUUCGCAGCAAGCUUGCUGAGCACCACCAGCAGAACACGCCACACACUUGGCUGGCUGCCUUCAUUAAUCAAGAGAAACUGGAUUUCUCUAAGUGUCUCAGGUGGCCUGUGUGCUGUUCCCUUUGUGCAGGACACUGCAUCACAUGAGGCCUUGAUCCGCAGAGCAUCGUCUCUGGUGACUGACAGUGCCAACACUUACCUCUCUCAGACCACUCUGGCACUAGUGGACUCCCUCAAUGAGUAUAUCAAUGCAAUACAUACCCUGAUAACUCUUCACAGAAGUUAUGUUGCCAAUAUCAACAAGUUGAACCCUACACAGGAGAACACAAUAUGGCAGAUGAUAGUCUACAAGCGCCAGGAGAUCAUUGACCGAAGGAAGGACUGGAAGAAAUUUGAAACAAGCUGGUUGACUGCAAUUGACCUCUCAGAGCUUGCUGCUGAAGCUGCUUUUAAUGCAGGAGCAGACCAAUCUUCAGCCGCAGCCCAGACUAACCUACAGAUGGCACAGUCUCAAGUAGAGCAGGUUCGACAGCGAUCACAUGAGGCAGAGAAACAGCUGAAAAACAGCAAGGCAGAAGACAGUGAAAGGCUUCAGAGAUCUCUCACCUCAGCAACACAAGAAGAGGAGGAAAUUCCAGAAGCCUAUCUGAGAGAGGACUAAUCAAGAGUUGCAGACUUCCAAAGACAUACAGAGCUCCGCACAGAAUCUCCACCAUUCCAAUGUUAAGAACCACACACAGUGAACAAUUUUUGCACAAUAUUUUUGUAGUAGUUUACCAGUGAGACAAAGUUCAGCAGUUAUACUGUUGUCAGACAGCACUACAACAAUUGACAGCACAGUGCAGAUUGAAAUUCAAAGGAAAGGAAGAAAAAGCAUUCAGAAAAUACUUGUUUAAUCCCUUUUAUUAUUGAGAUCCCGCAUGGAACACUAAGUAUCAGUUAAUUGAAACCUUUACAGCUUGUACCUGUGCCUGAAUUAGGUAGUUUCUGGCUGCUGUGGACAAGUCAUUUGAAAUGCACAUGACUAUAUUUUUUUUGGAAUGCUGUUGAUGCUGUAGGGUGGUGGUCACCAACCCUGGACCUGGAGAUCUACUUUUAUCUCUGCAGAGUUUAGUUCCAACCUGCGACUAGCAUGAUUCCCCUCCCCUUUACCUGGUCCCAGUGUAUAUGAUCCAGCCAAACAUGGAUUUCUCAAGAAGUGAAUUAGCUGGAGCGUGUGUUGCAGACUGUGGCUGGAACUAGACUCCACAGGAAAUUAGAUCUCCAUGAUCAGGGUUGCUGACCACUGCUGUAGGCGUACAACUGUGCCUGGCCUAGUUCUAACACAUGGUUCCAAUAUUGAGAUGCUACUGAAGGCCUUGUUUAACUAGAUCAGGGCCUGUAGAGUUAGAGUGCUGAUCUAGGAUCUUUUCCUUUCAGGAAAUCAUUGUAAAUAAGGAAUUUGGUUCUAGAUCAGCACUUACACUGUGAGAAGGUUUAUAAAUAUGGGUCCAGAUGUGUUUGAUUAAAAACUAAACUGGGUGGUAGAUAUUCAGGAGCGGAGUUGGACAGUCCAGUUGUAGAAGAAUGUUUUCACUUGUUGCAGUACCACAUUUAUUCAUGAACAUAUUAACAUACCUUGUUUAAAUUCCAUGUAAUUUUCUUUUCAAAAAUGUACUCUGAGGAGGUUCUUCUAGCAAGCUGUUGUCCUAAUAUGCACGAAUCACAUGCUCACUAUGGAUGUGUGGAUGAUUAAUGGGAGACGUCAUAGAAUCUCUGACUAAUACUUUCAGUCGGACAUUGGGUUUAUAAAGGGGGUAUUUAAGAAAAUCUUUGUUAAACCUGAAACAAAGUGUUCUGCCUUUGUAAUUAUUACAAUAUAGAAUUUUUUUAAAUUA